GAUGGUCAUUGGUCGUUCGUCAUCCACGUCAAAUGUGUUCUUUUUUCUUUUCUUUUCUCGAAAGUUAGAACUUUUCCGUCGAAAGGUGAUAACAUUGGCUUGGUUACGAAUUAUGAUAAUUGAUUGAUUGCUGAUAACCAGGUUUGGCCAAAGUAAUUAAGUGGCACGUGAAAGUUCAGAAGAAUGUUUCGCAACGUGUUUCAUGUAGUUUUAGUUUUUCAUUCGACAGUGUGCUAAAAUUAUCUGAAUGUGUGUAUAGCGACAAUGUAUCCGUGACCGGUUUCAAAUUUCAAUCGAUGGAUAAUUCAAAGGAGAAAAUUUACAAAGUGGGAUCUAGAAAAAGUGAAUUGGCUUUAAUUCAGACUCGUCAUGUGAUAAAUCGAUUACAACAAUUGCACUCCGAUGUGAAAUUUGAAAUUGAGGAGAUGAACACCACAGGAGAUAAGAUUCUCAAUCAACCACUGCCCAAGAUCGGAGAAAAAAGUUUAUUUACAAAAGAAUUGGAAGAAGCUUUGGAAAGAGGAGAUGUUGAUUUUGUCGUGCACUCUUUAAAAGACUUGCCCACUACAUUGCCUGAAAAGAAAACUGUCGGUGCUAUUUUAAAAAGGGAAGAUCCCAGAGACUGUGUGAUUUUACAUGACAAACACAGACACUUGACUUUGGAAACACUGCCUAGAGGAAGUGUGAUUGGAACAAGUUCUUCAAGACGCACUGCCCAGUUAUCCCGUCUCUACCCGAAUGUCAAAGUACAGAGCAUACGAGGCAAUUUAAACACUCGUUUGGAAAAAUUGAAAGACCGGAAUUUGUACGAUGGUAUAGUUUUAGCUACUGCUGCAGUUAAAAGGAUAGGAUGGACCGAUCAAAUUUCUGAGGUGCUGAACGAUGAUAAUGUUCUUUAUGCAGUUGGACAGGGUGCAUUAGCCGUAGAAUGUCGCGAACAAGACGAAGAAGUAUUAUCAUUAUUGCAACCUCUAAUACAUCAUGACACUGUACUACUUAUUUUAGCAGAACGAAGUUUUCUCAAGAGAUUAGGCGGAGGAUGUUUUGCUCCUGUGGCUGUGCGUUCAUCAAUAAAUGACAAUAUCCUUUCCUUGCAUGGCCAAGUUUGUAGCACUGAUGGCAGUGAGAUGAUUGAGGAUGGGUUAAAAUGCGCCUUGAACGAAGAAAAAUCUGAAACGACUGAAAAUGAGGUCGAAAACGGAUCCGGCGAACCUCCUCUGAAACGCGUGUGUAAACCUCAGCAAUUGUUUUGCGGCAUCAGUCCAAAUUCAGCGAAUAUUACAUUUUUGGAGAAGGCCGAAAAACUUGGCGUAAACUUGGCUGAUUUACUUAUAGAAAAAGGAGCCCUGAAACUUCUAAAUGCAGCGCGCGAGGAAGCUUCGAAAGAUGUUGUAAAAAUUCAAAGUUGAAAGUAUUUUUAGUGUGUUAGUAUGUUGUAGAAAGAUUGUGUAACGUGUGAUAUUAGGUUUGCCGUCUUGAAAUGUAUCUUUUUUUAGUGUUAAUAAUGUACCACAGUCAAGCGGCGUUUAUUUUCAAUUAUCAUCACCGUAUGUUCGUCGCUCAUUUUUCAUUUGUUGAAUUUUACGUGUUGGUAAUUUUUGUACGUAGAACAGUUUCAGUGAUUUUUUGUUUUCAAUGAAAACGCGGUGUUUCGAUAUGACUGCGUAGAAUAUCUAUUCGUUGGAAACGAAUUUAUUUAAAAUAUUAUUAUAUCCUUGGUGGAUUGGUCUGUGAUCUUUAUAUUGUUUUUCAAAAUACAUCUUUCAUGUUAGAUUUUAACCCAAAGUGUGAGGAUCAGGUAGCUAAAUAAAAAUUACGUAAUGAAUUAUGUUAUAAUACGUAAACAAUAUAUUGCUUUGAUUGUGA